CUUGUCUAUAUGUGAUUUUUACAGUUCGUUAUUAUUUUUUUAUAAACCUGUAUCUAAAGUGACGCUAGGAAUGUAAGAUGAGAUGAUAAACAAUUUGUUUGGAUUAGAGAAUUCCUUUCUACUGAUGUCCAGAUUUUAAAGCUACGUCAUUUUUAGCAACAUACAACAGUGUAUACAUACACACAAAGCCGAUAAAGCGAUAAGAAAAUGAUAAGACACUUUAUCAGUCUACCUCGAUUACGAAGCCGGUGUAGUUGGAUCAUUACUUUUAGUGCUGUCCAAGAACUAUGUAUGCAGGAAAAAUGCGCGCCAUAGUGUUUAUAGUUUUAUUUUUAAUUUAUUUCGACGAUAUAAACGGGCAGGAGGAAAUGAAUCAAAUAGGCGAAAAUAUCGAAAGUGUAACAGAAACGAAUCGAAUAAUAAAACUGGACGAUGUGUGUACUUGUAGCGAAAUACCGGAUAUUACUGGAACUCAUUUAGUGUUGAACAUAUUGUGUGCCGGCCAAAUGGAAGAGUUUAAAGACUUGGACAAAAUCGAAUGGCCACCUAAUCGUCAUGAGCUGAAAAUUGCAGCUAGCUUCCAGGGCGUGGGAGUUACUACUUUAGCUAAGUUACCACCGAACCGUCAUGUUGAAACCUUACUAUUCCACAGUAAUACUAUUACAAACUACUGGCCUGAACCGUUCAGCGACGUGCCCAAUCUUAAAACAUUAUCCUUCUAUCAAAACGAACUAUCCUAUAUCACACAAGACUUAUUCGCUAACAUCGACGGUUUAGAAGAACUCGAUUUAUCUUAUAAUAAACUAACUGUUUUGGCUCCAACUGAUUUUAAAUACCUAAGACAUCUUAAAAGAUUGAGUUUGCAAAGUAACUUAAUAUCUGAGAUGCCCAUAAGAGCAUUAGAUGCAUUGGUUACAUUGGAAGAGCUUGAUAUAAGCAGAAAUAAUUUAGGUGGUGAAUUGGUGCUGCGCAGUGACGGCGAAGCGUUUAAAGCGUUGAAACAAGUGUUUUUGGGUAACAACAAAAUCACUUAUGUUUCGAAAAAUUCAUUUGAACCUGACAACAAAAUUGAACUGUUGGACCUGACCUAUAACCAAAUACAAACAAUAGACGAAGACGCGUUCCUAACGUGUAUUAACCUUCAAGAGUUGAACCUUGCUAAUAACAAUAUAACGUUCAUUUUCCAACUACCCCAAUUAAUCCAAAUAGUCAUACUAAAAGAUAACACUAUGUACCAAUGGCCACCGUUCCCAACUGGAAUAAAGCUGAUCGAUUUGUCUAAUAAUCGACUUUCUGAUAUAUACGAUGAAGAUAAAGCUGAUUUUGAAAAUUUGGAGGUGUUAGACAUCAGUGGGAACCAUUUAACAGAUUUGAAUAUAAAAAAGAAAAUGCCAAGUUUAUUGAACUUGGAUUUAGCAUAUAACAUGAUUAAAGACGUUCCAAACACACUGAACAGUGAGAUAUUUCCAAAUUUGAAAGUGCUUCGAUUGGAUGGUAAUCCUAUAAGGAGUAUAUAUUUUAAGAAUAUUAUAGCAUUAAAAACUUUAUUUAUGAGUGAUUUAGAAAAUUUGACAGUGGUAGAUGAUAAAGCGUUUAGUAACGUAAUGGGCAGGGAGGAUAUAGUGAUGGAUGGACAAGACCCAACUGUUGUUGGUUCGAGUUGCUUCUCGCUUUACUUGAGCAAUUGCAAAUCACUGAAGGAGAUUAAAACGGGCGCUUUUGAUGGCACAUCUUUAUGUAUGUUGGAUAUAAGCAGGAAUAACUUGACAAACAUCCCGAGAGAUUUGCUGGACUGGUCCUCUGUGACAGAGGGUAUAAAUCUACAAUUUAAUCCUUGGCAUUGUACUUGCGAUUUGGAAUGGAUGCUACAUGAGUUGCUAGCGAGGAUGUACGACAAAUAUCCUAACCUGCUAUUGGAUAUGCGGUGUGGCUCCCCGCGGGCAUUCGAGGGUCUGCGCCUCGUUCACUGGUACAACUGGACGGAGGAGCCGCUCUGCACUGAUAUGUAUUCGAGAGCAGGCUCCCACGACACUUAUAUGAUAGGAGAAUCGUCUGAGAGAUAUUUCCCUAAAGUGACCACGCUCACCAUUGUGCUGUGCGUGUCCAUAAUAAUAUCACUGUUCGUUGCUAUCGGACUGAUAGUGUAUUUAGUGAAGACUAGGAAGCGGCACAGGAUAAAGGAGGCAGCCAUGCAACGUAAACGACAGAGCGCCGCCGACGCCAAACACUUUAAUGGCGUUGAAAAAGAACAAGUGACCGCCUUAAAUAAAGCCUGAAAAGGACUUCUUUUUUAACAAUUUUUAUACUGUAACAGGCUUUUUGUGUUUUAUAUGAGGUAAUUAUGAAGGAUUUACUGUUUGAGUGUGCAGUUGUUAAAAUAAGUAUUUGUAUUGACGUAUUUAUUGAUUAUUUACCAUUAUUUUCCUAAUCAAUUAGCAAAAGCGCAUAUGUACCCUCAGACAUAGACAAUUCUGAGGUAGACAUAACUCACCCAGCCACUCUCUAGAUUUACAUUUAUUUGAACUCUAUUCCAUAAAAGGCUCGUGUUUUACCAUAUAUGCUGUGAUUACAUGAUAGGAUUUAUUAUUUAUUAUUUGAAUACGCUGGUGUUAAAACUCUUAUUUCUACUAUCUUAAAAUUGCCUAUCAUUUAUCAUUUAUCAAUGUUCGUAUCCAAGGACUGGUAGAAAGAUUUACAGGCAGAGACUGAGAGCUGAUUAAUGGAUUGGCCUCAUCAUUUAUUGACAAAAUUUAAACCUGACAUCCAAACAGCAGAUUGGAUUAUUGUUCUAUAAGGAACAGAUUGCCAAUUAGCAGACUAGAAAAAAGAAAAAAAAAAUUAUCAAUGAUGCAGCAUGAAAUUUUUUUGUUGUCAACCCAUAUAGCAAGGUGACGUCUGCAAUUCAAAUAAGACGUCAGUUUUAAACCAUUUUAGGGUCAAUGACCGAAAAUCGACGUCGCUAUGACGAAUAAUUGCUACCUGGGAACACUCAAUAAUGUGUGUUGCCAGAUAUAUUUCUCCAACUAAAUUAAACUGCCAUUGUAUGUACUUGUUUUAUAUAAAAUUAAUGCUGGAGUAUUAAAUGUGUAAUACUUUCUGGCUAGUUAGACUUAUCUAGCUCAAGGUGAUAUAAAUAUCAAAACGUCUGUACACAUCCUAUGCGAAAUAAGCCUACUUCUAAGUAUAUGUACAGUUUUGUAUUUAUCAAUAUGAACCUUAGAUAUACGACCAUAAAGUUUAAGAUCCAAUGAAUUGCAACGUUUGGAGCUGUAUGUAUAGGAGUAUAGGAGAGACUAAUCGCUACAGAUAAAAAUCCAAAAUCCAAAGCUUAUUAUAAACAAUCUAAAACCCAAAGUAUUAAGUGUGAAUGCUACUGGUGGUUUGCGUGAUGUAAAUAUAGCGAAAGAGGAUUUAUUAUAUAAAAAAAGAUAAAGAGAUACUCUUUAUUGUUCCCUCCAAAAGAUUACAAUAGUAAAUUUAUUACAAAUAUAAACAAUUACAAGAAAUAAUCACAAUGAGAAAACAAUGGGCGACCUUAUCGCUAAGAGCGAUCUCUUCCAGGCAACCUUUGGAUGGAGAGGAGUAAUUGUUAACAGUUUGAUCAGGAAGAAAGCUUGAUUUGAAGAAAAAAGAAACUUUAUUUUAUACAGACAUGCGACAUCACUCACACACGAGUUAAAAAAUAUUUAAAACAAAAAGUAAUAGUACUAACGAAGUACUACUGAAGUAAUGAAAUGAAAAAAAAAAAUUGUCACUAAUUUUAUGCAUUCUGAUUUGGUUUUUGUUACUUUUUUUUUUACAUGUAUCUUUUUUUAUCUUUUUUCACUUUGCAUUUGUGUCUUUUGCUGUUUGUGUGCUGUAAUGCAAAUAAAUUAUUUAUCUAUUUAUCAAAAAAUACGUAGGAGUAAAAAGAAAACAAAAAAUACAUAUUAUAGCAGUCUCAGCAUAGAAUGUGUAUAUAGGUACUAUAUGUACAUUUUGUUUUUUGAUGGGUGAAAAUGGUAUGGUAACCCCGCCUGCGCUAACGGGAUACGCUGGCGGAGCACCAGUGAAGGAUGACAGAUGAGAAUGAAAACAGGUCAGUUAGCCCAUCAUGAUGAAUUCAUCAGGAAUUAACCAUGAUAGUUUCCAGGGGGAACCGCGAUGAGGUCGACCUGGUUGGGUAUAUUGCUAGCAAUAGGAUUCACAGUCUCCAUUACUAACAAUCCCUUUCCCCCUUACUAUGUACAUAUUGGUGCGCCAAACCAAUGUCUCUACCCAAAGGUUGUCUGGAAAAGAUGGCUUAGUGAUAAAGCCACCUUUGUACCACGUCGCUUUAAUAAAGUGUAAAAAAUAAGGGCCUGUGUUUUCAAGUAAUUAUUAUUUAUAACAAAAAACAGCCUAAAUAUUACUUAUUCUUAUUCAAAUUGAUAAAAUAAGCUCACAGAAGGCGACCGGUAAUGGUCAGAGGAUUGCUCAUGAUAGAGGGCAUUGAGGAAGUCCUAUAUUCAGCAAUGGAUAGAAGUAGGUUGAAAUUAUGAUAAUGAACUAGGAUAACCUAGUUUUAAAAGUCGAAUUAGGUACACCUAAUGUUACCACCAUAAGGGUUUAAUAAUGCUAUUGUUUAAAAUAUAACCCACCUACAUACGUGUGUUCACUAUCAGGUUAUAUAAAAAAGUAAUGGGUUUUCUGGUUAUAAAUUACUUAUUUAUUAAAUUUGGAUGAUACCCAAUUUAAAAAGAAAUGUGUAGUAUUAAAAGAUUUAUUGUAUUCGUGUCUCAGAAAUAAUAUAUUUGGUUACCAAUUUAAAUAAUUUACUAGGUAAAUUAAUAAUGUAAUUACAUUAGUGUACAAAUAUCAAAAAUGUGUACACUAUUACCAAAAAAAUCCAAAUAAAGUUAAUAAGUUUGAUUGUUAACUAUAAUUGUGUAAAUAUAUGUAUGUAUUAGUUUAAGAAAAUAUUGGUAUAAUUUAAUUACAUAUUAAUACAAGAAUAAUUUAAUGCAAUAAAAAAAAUUCUAUGUUG